AUGACAAAAGUUGAAACUCUUGAAUUUCCAAGAAGAAAAAAGGAAUCAAAUGAAAAUUCAACCUUAUCACAACCAGAUGCAGCAGCUGAAUUAAAUAAAGAUGACAAAGAAACUGACCCUUCAACACUUUCAAAAGAAGAAUGUAUUAAAAAAUCUGAUGAAUAUAAAGCAAUUGCAAAUAAACAUUUUAGUGAACAAAAAUAUGAUUUAGCAGCAGAAGUUUAUACAAAAGCAAUUAAAUAUCAUCCAACAGCAAUUUUAUAUUCAAAUAGAUCAUUUUCAAAUUUUAAGAAUGAGUUAUAUGUAAAUGCAUUACAAGAUGCUCAAACCUCUCAUGAAAUGGAUCCAACUUACAUAAAAGCAUAUUAUCGUUUAGGUAGUGCACAUUUAGCAUUAAGAAAUUUUGAAGAAGCAAAACACUUUUUCAAAGAACUCUUAACAAAGAAUCCAAAAGAAAAUGAUGCAAAGAUUAAAUUAAAUCUUUGUAAUAAUUUAAUUAAAGCAAAAUUAUUUGAAGAUGCAAUUUUAAUUACACCUGAAUCAUAUUUUAAAGAAUUAGAUAUUAAUUCAAUGAAUGUUGAAGAAUCAUAUAAAGGACCAAAAUUUGAAAGUGAAAAGAUUACAAUUGAAUUUGUUAAUGAAAUGAUUGAAUGGAUGAAAGGACAAAAGAGUGUACAUAAGAAAUAUGUUUGUAAGAUAUUGAAACAAUCAUUUGAGAUGAUGAAAGAGUUACCAACAUUGGUGGAUAUUGAUCAUGAUACAACAAUGAAUAUAACGAUUUGUGGUGAUACACAUGGUCAAUUCUAUGAUCUUUUGAAUAUAUUUAAGAUUAAUGGAUCACCAUCAGAGGAGAAACCAUACCUUUUCAAUGGCGACUUUGUGGAUAGGGGUAGUUUUAGUUUUGAAAUUAUCAUCACUCUAUUGGCUUAUAAAUUAUUGUACCCAAAUCAUAUGCAUUUGACAAGGGGUAACCAUGAGACAACCGAUAUGAAUCGUUUCUAUGGUUUCCAAGGCGAAGUGGUUGCAAAAUACAGUGAGAUGGUAUUCGAUCUAUUCUCAGAGUUGUUCAAUUGGUUCCCAUUGGCAUUCGUGUUGGAUGAAUCGUUUAUGGUGGUACAUGGUGGUUUGUUUGGUAAGGAUGGUGUCACACUUGACGAUAUUAGAAAGAUUAAACGUAAUGCACCAGAUCCAAAAGAUAAUGAAUUGGUUCAAUGCUUACUUUGGUCUGAUCCUCAAUCAAAUCCUGGUAUUGCUCCUUCUUCAAGAGGUGUAGGUGUUUACUUUGGACCUGAUGUCACCAGACGUUUCCUCAAGGAAAAUAAUCUAUCAACUAUCAUUAGAUCUCAUGAAGUUAAAGAAAAAGGUUAUCAAAUCGAUGAUGAUGGUUCUCUCAUCACUGUUUUCUCUGCUCCAAAUUAUUGUGAUCAAUCUGGUAAUCUUGGCUCAUUUAUAAAUAUAACUGAAGAUAAAAUUAAAAUUACAACUUUUGAAGCUGUUGAACAUCCGAAUAUACCACCAAUGCAUUAUGCCAAAAAAUAUUUCUAA